CUUAAAUAGAACAGAGACAAAGUGCACAGACAAAACAUGUCGUCAAAGAUGAAGGAGCGUUCUAUUUUGAUCAACAGUACAACUGACAAGUUAGCUCUGUCAUCGAGACAAUGCUGCAGGUUGAGCUAUAAACCAAGACGAGUGUCCUCAAAGGGAGCUGUGCUUGUGCUGAUAUGGAUAGUGUUGGUAAAUUCAGGAACUGGCUCACCGCAAACAAAUCAACGAACACUGGUCUCGAUUAUUGUGGACAGUUCGAAUGGAACUCUAACUGCACUUCAGUGUAUUAAAUAUGCUCUCCCGAUUGCUGCAUGGCUAUUAACUGCCAUCAUAUCCGGGUGGAUUGCUGACACCAAGCUUGGAAACUACAAGACAGUAAAGCUCGGACUGAUCGUACUUUUUUUAGCAGCUAUUCUUGAUUGCAUAUUGACACUAACUCAAGUCAAUCAGUCAACGGCAUCUUCAUGGUACCCAACGGUCGAGACUUUACCGAUAUGCCUCAAAUACAUAGGAAAUGCUAUUGUCAUAGUUUCCUCAAUUCAGCUGGGUUUGGAUCAGAUGCCCGAUGCUUCCUCUGCAAACAUCACUAGCUUUAUAGCCUGGUUCGUGUGUUCUGCUCAAGCUGGAAUCUUAGUCUAUCAAGUAGGAGGUAACUUUACACAAAAUUACUGCCCGCUCCACCAUGAAACGUACGUUAAGCCUACAAUAAGCUUGCUAUCUGUUUUAUGUAUGGCUAUUGCUCUUUGCUUCGAUUUCCUUCUCUCUCCAAAAUGGAUAACUAAGGAGCCCCCAUCUUCACGAUGCUUCACAUUGAUAUACCAAGUGUUGAGAUUUGCUACCAAGCACAAGGCUCCCCUUAAUCGCAGUUCUCUCACAUACUGGGAGGAAGACAUACCUUCUAGACUAGAUCUUGGCAAGUCAAGGUACGGUGGACCGUUCACUACAGAGCAAGUUGAAGAUGUGAAAACUACACUAAAAAUGCUCAUAGUAAGCAUACCUAUGUCCAUAAUAGUGGUAUCGUACUUUCUUUCCAACUACAUCAUCCCAUAUAUAUACUUGCAAAUAACUGUCAGUGACUAUUCAAACAACAGUUUAAACUUAACCACGUGUGCUCGCACUUCUCUUAAGGAGACUGUGACUAGUUUAUCAUGGUGGAUGAUACUCUCAACACUCGUGCAUGAAAUUGUUGUCUACCCUUUCCUCGUCAAGUGGAUCCCUUCCAUUCUGAAGCGUAUCGUAAUCGGAUCGCUACUGACAUUACUCUUAAACAUUAUAUACCUGGUUAUUAGUGCUGUGCAGGUUGCUAGUGGGAAUAAAUCUAUUUUCACUGGAAUUGACAUUUUUUGGAUAGAGCUGCUUCACUCCAUCAUAUCGGCACAGAUUGUACUGCUACUGUACACAGCAAUGCUGGAGUUCGUAUGUGCUCAGACUCCACAUAAUUUAAAAGGAUUUGUGAUUGGCUACACUUGGUGCACGUACUCUCUGGCAAGCAUUCUCGCUGCAGUCACAUUCUCAAUACUAGUUGCAAACUGCACCGACAAGUACUGCACAGUGAUUUUCUGCUCUAUUGUAACGGGAAUGUCGCUGAUAGGUUUGAUAUUGAUGUGCCUUUUGGCCUACUGGUACAAACAGAGAGUAAGAGACUCUGACGAAACACAGACACCUUACACUUGGGUAGAGGGAGUGUACAGAAAAUACUUCCCAGAAAGUUCGUCGACAUAGGUUUGUUAUAAUUACUUUUUUUUUUAACAGAAAUAUUAUGUAUCGAAUGGAAAAUUGCAAUGCAAGUCCUCAAGUCCCUAAGUGUGACAUACAUCACGCGUGUGUGGUCUGUAUAUUAUUUAUUCUGUUUAUUAUAAUUUUUAAUACAUAAGCAACAUUAAAAACAAACCCAUAAUUAAAUUAAUGCGAAAA